AUGCGAAAAUCUUCAUCCAGAAUCGAGUCACCUCUUGUAAGCGUUGCUAAAGGAAACACAUAUUUUGUCAAAAUUAACCGUCCAUAUGCUUUAAAUUCCUGGAAUCUAGAAAUGAUUCAUUUACUGCAUAGGCUUAUUUCUCAGGCCCGAGAAGAAAAUAAAAAUUUUGUAUUUUAUGGACAAGGUAGAGCUUUCAGUGCAGGCGGAGACAUAAUUUCCAUAUCAUCGGGAAAAAUAAGCUCUGAAGAAAUUUUUAUAGGAGAGCUCGCAGCUGUUUACUAUGUCUCCCUUUUGCCUACCAUGAGAAUUGCCUUAAUGGAUGGGAUUACUAUGGGCGGAGGAUCAGGAUUGGCUUGGUCAUGCAAUAUUAGAGUUUCUACCCCAAACACAAUUUGGGCUAUGCCAGAAACUUCAAUUGGAUUUUCUCCAGAUGCUGGAGCUUCUUACCAUUUAAGCAGGAUGAACUAUCCUGAAUUAGGACUUUAUUUAAUGCUGACUGGGGAUAGAUUAAACGGAACAGACUGCUAUUUAUAUGGGUUUUCCCAAUAUUACAUUGAAGAGGAUAUUCAAAAAGUUUUACAAGAAAUGCAAGACACUGAAAGUUUUAUAGAUGUUUUGAAAAAGUACCAUGUUGAACCAGAUUUAAAGCAAUCAAGAAUAAUUCCAGUUUUAAAGGAAUUGAGAUAUUGCUUUAAUAUUUAUGUAGGCAUAGAAACAAUAAUGUAUAGGCUCAGGGAACUAGGUUCUAAAUGGAGCUUGAGAGCUUUAUCUAAAAUUCAAGAACUGUGUCCAUUAUCACUUAGAGUAGCUCAUGAAGCUUUUAAUAGAGGAAAACAUUUAAACUACAGAGAUUGCUUAAAGAUGGAGUACAAUUUAGCAGUUCAAAUGACUCAUUUUAGAGCCGAAAAUUUCAAAGAAGCUGUCAAACAUAAACUAGUAAAGAAAGAAUCAGGAAGAGUUAACUGGAUUCCAAAUUCGCUUGAAGAGGUUGGAAAUGAUGCAAUGAUGCCGCUUUUUGAAAAUGAGGAAGGUCCGAAGUUGCCAUUACCGAGACUAUAA